AACGUGAAUCUUGGAAAAAUAAGCAUGACAUUCAACUGCGCUUUUGUUUUGUCUGUGUUCAGGGGGUUUGGUUCUUAUCGCCGAGUGCCGACUUAAGUAGCUGUCGGAACCUUAGAAGAACAGAGACAGAAAUGGAGGGGAAAGUCGACUAUGUACUCGUUCCUUUAGGGCUCUUUCUUUUUGCUGUUUAUCAUGCUUGGCUGCUCUUCACCAUUGUUAAAUAUCCCAGAAGAACUGUGAUUGGAAUUAACGCCGAGUCUCGCCACCAAUGGGUUCUAUUUCUUGAUUGCCUAGACCUUCCCAAGAAGAAGACUGCAGAUUUUCAUUUUUUCCUUUUAGUUUUUUGUCCGUUUCUGCUAGGAGAUUGAGUUGGAAGAGUUCUUCAAUAAAACCAAACCAGAAAUUUGCUGAAGUUUUGAACUUCCAGUGAAUCAUAUGAUGAGACUUAGUUCCUCAUCUAAAAUAACUGAUGCCCACUAUUCUAGUCUAAGUUUUAGAGGACCUAUCUGGGAUUGUUUGGAAAAUUUUUGUUAUAUUGACCUCUUUGCUGUUGAUUCAGAUUACCAUUUUUUUCAAGCAUGGUCGAGUGUCUAGAGGUAGUUGGUGGAAGAAUAUGGUUUGGGUUGACAGAUAAUAGACAAGCUAAGUAGUCCCAUAUGAAAAAGAAUCGUACAGAAAGUUGAGUAUAUGGAGUGAGGCCCUAGCACAGUGAGUUCAUAAAAUUUUGGUUUUUAGGAUUUUGCCAUGGGGACUGCUUCAGAUUCUGAAUUUCCACUUUUGCAUUUGUCAUAUCAGGGCUUCUACCACUACACCAGCUAACAACUCCUUCAAAAAUAUUUUCUUUGCUCGAGAAUUUCAAUAGUCUGUCUUAUGGGUCAAAAGUAUAUUAGUUCAAAGAAUUUACAAUCUGAAAUUAAGUAUAUGUUUUCCUCAGCUUCCAAAUAUAUAUCUGGUUACAUUGGUAGAAAUAAUUUCUGUUUGAUAACUUUGUAAUGUAAGGAGAAGCUGCAAUCCAAAUGUCUCUGAGGACCUUGCUCUUUCAACACUGUUCUAGUUAAGUUUGUAACCUAUGAGUAACAAAGGUGGUACACUGCAUCUAACUUAGUGUUGAUUCUAUCGAAGCAAAUGGGAUCUGAAUUUUUGUGAAAAUUGAAAAGGAUCUCUGCUUUUAGUUUAACUUAUGUCUUUACAUACCAUUUAAAUUGAUUUUAUGUAGAGGAAGUGGACAAAAUGUUCAGGAAAUAGAAUCAGCAGAAGAGCCAGAACUAUAUAUUUGUUGAUAGUUAAAAGGAAGCUUUUUAAGCUGUCUUUUAAUAAAAAUAGGUUAGAUAACAGAUAAUAGUUUUUGAUGGUUCACUUAUAGUUUGGAUAAUAUGCUUGAUUUUCAUGGAAUUUAUGUUAUUGCUGCAUGAAAUGAAGUUAUUGAUGAUUGCACUUCACAUAAGAAAAUUUAACUUUUGACAAUCUGCAACUAUUUUUAGGGCUGUGUUUGCAGCAACUAUGUGCAAUUUUAGUGUAACUCUCAAUGUUUGGGGGAAGGGGGUUUGUGGUUGUUCAGUUGCGUAUCAGGAUUUGAUUACUCUCGAGAACCACAAAGUCCAGUUCUGUUUCAUUUUGAGAGUUACUGAGGAACCAUCUUCCACAGUCUCUAGCAUGUCCACAUCGUUCUUCAAAGACUGAUGGUUUGAAUUAGUUUAUGGCAAUGAGCUAUGCAAUAGUGAGAAGAGAUGGUAAGUGCAGAUUUUGAGUCUAGACUUGGUGUACAUAUUAAUUUUAACAAUAAAAGCCAUUUUAAUGUUUCAGGAUCCCUUGAAGAAUGGUGUCCUGACAGUUCAAACAAUACGCAACAAUAUUAUGGCAUCUACCCUCUUGGCAACGACUGCAAUCACUCUUAGUUCAUUGAUCAGUGUUUUUGUGAGCAGCAGCGCCACAGACUCUGGAACUGAAUUAGUUUAUGGCAGUAAAAAACCUUUUAUCUCUUCAAUCAAGUAUUUUUCAAUCUUGUUGUGUUUCCUAUUUGCCUUUCUUUGCAAUGUGCAAUCUAUUAGAUACUAUGCCCAUGUAAGUUUCUUGGCCACUGUUCCUACUUCGAAAGGCAAUAGGGAUUCUAUUGAGUACGUGGCUAGAAACUUGAAUAGAGGGAGCUUCUUUUGGUCACUUGGACUACGAGCUUUCUACUUGUCAUUCCCUGUCUUCCUUUGGACCUUCGGACCUGUACCUAUGUUUCUCUGCUGCUGCGUAAUGUCAUUCGUUCUCUAUUUCUUGGACACUACAAGCAGCUUUACCCGGCAUCUUCAUAAUCAUUCAUUCAGAGAGGAAAGGAAACCUGAUGAUAUGGAAUCGAUUGGUCAAACUAAGGAGAAAAAUUGGUCCAGCGAAUCCAACAUUUGUUGCCCUUUACUUGCACACAAUGAUUUGCCUUCCUCCACAUCUUCGGGAUAGUUAUGUGGUUUUGGGCUGAUAAUGGGUUCUGCUAUCAGAAAAUCUUGGGCAAGAUGGAAAAAGAUAUCUAUUUUCAGGUUCUUUUUUUUUUUCAGUAUAUAUAUCUCUUCAUUCUCAGUCAGCAAACAGUUGUUGGGCUUCUGAGAAACUUUGAAGUGUCUUGCUUGGCAGAAUGCUCUCUUUUAUGAAUAUGGACAUCAGACAAAGUUCCAAAGGUCCAACUUCCCUUACUCUAUCAUCUUUCCUUGUAUACUUCUUUUGUGUAAUCGUAGCAUCCACAACACAAGGACCUUGACACAGCUACAUGUUAUAGGUCUUGCUUUAUCUCUAAAUUAGUUUAUUUCCUAAGCUCUACAAGUUCAAAUAUUAGAUCCCUCCGGAAUGUUUCAUUGGUCGAAAGCUUGAGCUUCUAAAGGUUUUAAGUUC